UCAUGGGAUAUUUUCCUCGAUAAAAAACUGAGAUUAAUUACAUCCAAUAAGGCAAUAACCACUGCUCACCGUUUCCUCCUUGACCACCAACCCAUCUGCCUCCUCUCCUUCCAUUUCAGCCCCAAUUUUCCAUUUUCUUACAAGUUCUGCUUCUUUUUUUGGAAUCUCUGAAUCCCAUCUCCAGCAGUUUUUAUCCUGACUGGGUUUCCGGCCGAUGAGAUGGCCGUGAAUUGCCCGGACUCCUGCUCGAGGUCGAUCAACGAGACGGUGAAUGGGUCCCACAAGUUCACCGUCCGGGGUUACUCUCUGGCCAAGGGCAUGGGUCUCGGCAAGUACAUCUCCAGCGACACCUUCUCCGUCGGCGGCUACGAUUGGGCCAUCUACUUUUACCCCGACGGCAAGAACGCCGAGGAUUCUUCCGCCUACGUCUCUGUCUUCAUCGCGCUUGCCAGCGACGGCACAGACGUCAGGGCGUUGUUUGAGCUCACGCUGAUGGACCAGAGCGGGAAAGGGAAGCACAAAGUUCAUUCCCAUUUUGAUCGGGCCCUAGAGAGCGGGCCGUAUACCUUGAAAUACAAAGGGAGCAUGUGGGGUUACAAAAGAUUUUUCAAGCGGGCAAGUUUAGAAACCUCUGACUAUCUAAAGGAUGAUUGCCUUUCGAUGCAUUGUACCGUAGGAGUUGUCAGGACUCGUGUUGAAGGGCCUAAACAAUUUAGCAUUUCUGUUCCCGCCUCAGACAUGGGCCAGAGUCUCAAAUACUUGCUAGAUUCUGAAAUUGGAUGUGAUAUAGUUUUCCAGGUUGGGGAGGAGACAUUUAAGGCUCAUAAACUAAUACUUGCUGCUCGUUCUCCUGUGUUCAAAGCCCAGUUUUUUGGCCUUAUUGGGAAUCCUAAUACAGAGAAAGUAGAACUUGAGGAUAUAGAACCAUCGAUAUUUAAGGCGAUGCUUGAAUUUGUUUACUCAGAUCAGCUUCCGAAUAUACAUGAUGUCACUGGUUCAGCAUCAACGUGCACGUCAACAAUCAUGAUGCAACAUUUAUUGGCUGCAGCCGACCGGUUUAGUUUAGAUAGAUUGAAACAAUUAUGCGAGGCAAAACUAUGCAAAGAGGUGAAUGCAGAUACGGUGGCAACAACUCUUUCACUAGCCGAUCAGCACCGAUGCCUCCAGCUUAAAGACAUAUGUUUGAAGUUUGCAGCUACAAACUUGGGAGUUGUUAUGCAGUCUGAAGGGUUCAAGCACAUGGAAGAGAGCUGCCCGUCACUGUUGUCGGAGCUGUUGGAAGCGGUAUCAACAAUCGAUGAAAAGGCAAGUCUCUUGUCUAGUAAGAAGAGGAGCAGCAAUAGCAGCAUCUUUGGGGUAGACUUAUUGUUACUACCCGAUGGAGCUGGUGGUGGUGGUGCACCCCCCAAUUCUUUUGUCGACCACCAUAAUAACAUUAGGUGUUUGCGGAGGCGGAUGUAAAAAAAGACCUAGUGAAGAUUUCAGACUGACCUUGGCUGUCUUAUGGACUAUUUGGAAACCACCCGAUGGGUUUCUGUCCAUAUAAAUUAGUUUCAAGCGCGCACAUGUAGAAACACGCUUGGCUAUUGGUACUUAAUAUGUUGUCUGCAUGUGGUUUUGGUUACUUAUUAUUAGCUAUGAAUUGUUCUCAUAGACAUUCUAAGUGUAGUAGCUAUAGCUUAUGUCAUGUGUUUUGCUCUCUGUUCUAGAAAACCUUGUCUAUUCGGAUCUAAGUUCUUUACCAGUCUUAGCAGACAGUCAUGGUGCAUGUGACGCACAAGCCGAUGGUCCUCUGGAGAGGGUGGUGGGGUUGGACAAUGAAGCGUGGGGUUGGAUAUAAUGUUUUGAAAAGAUCUUGGCCAUCUGUUCAUAAAUUGUACGGCUUGUGUCAGACAUGAAUCGUGCCGUUCAAUAGGCAAAAUUUCCAAAUUAUGUUAUGUUGACUUUGAUGGAUUGACCGUGUCUAGUUUUGCUAAUCGUUUGCAAUGCAUGGACUGGUUCACAUUGAACAUGGAUAGUUAGUUGAUAAAUCAUUGUGCUGAAUGUUGCAUUUGUCCUAUACUCCUAUGUUAUAUUUGGGGUCCUGUUAUCCCCAACGGGAUAUAUGUGUGGGGUGAUGAUCCCUCUCUGCUUAUGAUAUUUGAAAAAUGGAUUACAGGGAAAUGUGCCAUCUGAGCAAGAUCGUUCCGUGCUGAAGCAACUUGUACAUUCUUCCUGACAAUGCUUGCUGCCCCGUUGGGUUUUUUGCCAAAUUGUUUGCCCCGUUGGAUAAACCAUUUUCAUUAUGGCCAGAAUACUUGUCAUUUGUUAUCAAGUUGGGAGUAAAUGGUGUAUAGUCAAACAUUAGCUGCACCCUGGAGGAGUGGAGGGCACGCAUUAUCGGAGCCAAAAUGUGGAGUUAGGGGGUCGGAGUUUGAAAAUUUUAUACAGCGGGUUCAAGGUUUAAAUAUUUAUUCAUGUGUUUAUAUAAUAGUUUUAUCCUGGAGGCUCCUCUUGAGUCUUGUCUACACGAGUACACGACUACACCAUGUGCUAGCAAUAAUGUGAAAUAUGAAGAGUAUGUAAUGCCCCGCUCUCUCAACUGUUGAACUAAGCAAAAACAACCAAUACGUUUUUGUUCAGAAAUAUCAAUGAUCUUACAAUUCCACUAUAAGUUUGC